AUGACAACAACGAGACUAACCCCCCUCUUCAUCCUCCUCGCCAUCCUCCUCAUCCUCAGCAUAAUCGGCUACAUAACCUACAGUAUCGUCCGCGACGUGACGCGCAACACGCGCACCAAAAUGGAAGCCAAAAACGUGGUGUUUUCCAGGGAUGGGAUGAAAGUCGGGGUGAAGGAUUUGGAGGAUGAGGAGUAUAGGGAUAGGUCUCAGAGUGUCCUCGUCAGCAUGUGGAAUCAUACCGCCUUCCCCGCGUAUAAAAGUCGGAUUUGGAAUAUGACGAAACCGACGAAUUGGAGUGAGGAGGAACAGAAGAGUCGGUUUUGGGAGGUCGCGGGCGAUGUUGCUGAUGUGGCGGGGAAUGUGUCGGCUGGGGUGUCGGGGAGGUUGGCGGGGUGGAUGGGUGGGAGGGGGUGGGAGGAGGGGCUGGUACUGUGGAGGGAGAGGGGAAGAAGAAUCAGUAAGUAG